CAGAGGCCGGGACGGCUCCCGCGGUGAGUGGUGAGGCCAGCCCAGCGCACUGCAGCGAGCGCCCCUCGCGCCCCACUCCGUCAGCCCCGGCGCCCCCGCCCUGCGCCCGCCAUGCCCGAGCAGCUCAGCGUCGCCGAGUUCCUGGCCGUCACCACAGAGGACCUCAGCUCCCCGGCCGGGGCUGCCACCUUCGUCGCCAAGAUGCCCCGGUGCCGGGGGGCAGCACUGGCGCGGGAGGAGAUCCUGGAAGGAGACCAGGCCAUCCUGCAGAGAAUAAAGAAGGCCGUGCGGGCGGUCCACAGCUCCGGCCUCGGCCACGUGGAGACCGAGGAGCAGUACCGAGAGGCCGUGGAGUCCUUGGGCAACAGCCACCUGUCCCAAAACAGUCACGAGCUGUCCACCGGCUUCCUGAACUUGGCCGUGUUCACUCGCGAGGUGGCCGCGCUCUUCAAGAACCUGGUUCAGAACCUGAACAACAUUGUCUCCUUCCCCCUGGACAGUCUGUUGAAGGGGCAGCUGAGGGAUGGGCGACAGGAUUCCAAAAAGCAGCUGGAGAAGGCAUGGAAGGACUAUGAAGCCAAAAUGGCCAGGCUGGAGAAGGAGAAGGACCGGGCCAGGGUGACAGGAGGGAGCUCUGGGGAGGUGGCCCAGGACACACAGAGAGAGCGGCGUGUCUUCCAGCUGCACAUGUGUGAGUAUCUGCUGAAAGCGGGAGAGAGCCAGAUGAAGCAAGGUCCCGAUUUCCUGCAGAGCCUCAUCAAGUUCUUCCACGCCCAGCACAACUUUUUCCAAGACGGCUGGAAGGCUGCUCAGAGCCUGUCCCCCUUCAUCGAGAAGCUGGCAGCCUCCGUACAUGCACUGCGUCAAGCCCAGGAAGAGGAGCUACAGAAGCUGACCCAGCUCCGGGACUCCCUCCGAGGGACACUGCAGCUUGACAGCAGAGAGGAGACUCUGAGCCGGAAGAACUCGGGAAGUGGCUACAGCAUCCACCAGCACCAAGGCAAAAAGCAGUUUGGGACAGAGAAGGUGGGCUUUCUGUACAAGAAAAGUGAUGGAAUUCGAAGAGUCUGGCAGAAAAGGAAGUGUGGAGUCAAGUAUGGCUGCCUGACCAUUUCACACAGCACGAUAAACCGGCCCCCAGUGAAGCUCACCUUGCUGACAUGCCAAGUGAGGCCAAACCCUGAGGAGAAAAAGUGCUUCGACCUGGUGACCCACAAUAGGACAUACCACUUCCAGGCGGAGGACGAACAUGAAUGUGAGGCGUGGGUGUCGGUGCUGCAGAACAGCAAGGACGAAGCCUUGAGCAGUGCCUUCCUGGAGGAGUCCAGCUGCGGCCCUGGUCCCUGGGGGGGCGCAGGGCUGGAUGGGGAGCCCCAGGACCUCACCAAGCUGCUCAUCGCCGAGGUGAAGAGCAGGCCCGGGAACGGCCAGUGCUGCGACUGUGGGGCUACAGACCCCACCUGGCUCAGCACCAACCUGGGCGUGCUCACCUGCAUCCAGUGCUCCGGCGUCCACCGCGAGCUGGGCGUGCGCUUCUCACGCAUGCAGUCCCUCACCUUGGAUCUGCUGGGCCCCUCCGAGUUGCUGCUGGCCUUGAACAUUGGAAACACUCGCUUCAAUGAGGUCAUGGAGGCCCAGCUGCCCGCGCACGGCAGCCCUAAACCCUCAGCUGAGAGUGACAUGAACGCCCGCAAGGACUAUAUCGUGGCCAAGUAUGUGGAACACAGAUUUGCGCGGCGAUCCACCCCCGAGCCUCAGAAACUCUGGACGGCCAUUUGCAACCGAGACCUCCUGUCUGUACUGGAGGCCUUUGCUAAUGGGCAGGACUUUGGACAGCCACUGCCAGGGCCUGAGGGACAGGCACCUGGAGAGCUCGCCCUGCACUUGGCUGUCAGAGUCGCCAACCAGGCCUCCCUGCCCCUGGUGGAUUUCAUCAUCCAAAAUAGUGGUCACCUGGAUGCCAAGGCUGCUGACGGGAACAGUGCCCUGCACUGCGCUGCUCUCUACAACCGACCCGACUGCCUCAAGCUGCUGCUGAAAGGGAGAGCCUCGCUUGGCACAGUGAACGAGGCAGGAGAGACAGCUCUGGACAUAGCCAGGAAGAAGCAGCACAAGGAGUGUGAGGAGCUGCUGGAGCAGGCCCAGGCUGGGACCCUCACCUUCCCUCUGCACGUGGACUACCCCUGGGGAAUCUCCACUGAGCCUGGCUCUGACAGUGAGGAGGAUGAGGAAGAGAAGCGCUGCCCUCUGAAGCCCCCAACCCAGGUCCGCUGGGCCAGUGGGAGGCUGGACAUCAGCAACAAGACCUAUGAGACCAUCACCAGCCUGGGAUCAGCUGUCCCUAAGAACCAGAGUGAGGAUUGCCCCCCACCUUUGCCGGUCAAAAACCCUUCUCGGACCAUGGCACAAGGGCGUGCAGGACAUGCCAGUGGAGAUCGUUCUGAAGUUCCCAGCCUGAGCUCGGAGUCCCCUGGGGCCUCUGAGAGCCUGGGCAGUCCAGCCUCCUCCUCCUCCAGCCUCACAAGCCCGGCAGAAUCUGGAGGUCCCAACCAAACCCUACCCAGCUCUGAAGAGGGCCUCUGGGAGCCCCCGGGCCCCUCCCGACCCAGUCUGACAUCUGGAACCACCCCUGCAGAAAUGUAUCCCCCUGUCAGGUUCAGCUCUGAGAGCACUCGCUCCUAUCGGCGGGGGGCCCGCAGCCUGGAAGACUGUCCUUCAGCCAAGCAGCCUCUACCCUGAAGGAACAUGCCGGGUGGCUUCACUGAAGGAGAUGGCUCAAGGACUGGGGUUCUCUCGACAAGUUCUGUGCAGCUUUUGCAAGAGUAGCUCCUUGCUGGCCCUCGCGUGCCUAAACCACCCGGAUGCAGAGCCCAGCGUUCAGAGCUCAUCAGACCAGGGCUGUGUUUCUUCCAUCAGUCUGGGGAGCUCCAGCCUGCCUUCAUCAUUCUGCAGACCAGGGAUUCUGCCAGACUAGGGACUGGCUUCUCAGCCAUUCAUUAGCCUUAUAUUCUUUGACUGAGCUCCAGCUCUUUGUCCAUUCCUGUGCUAGGCAUUACACACGCCACAGGAAUAAGACAAGGGUCCUGCAGAUGUGGUCUCUUUCUGGGCAGCUGGUCCCAAGAAUUAGGCUUGGAAAUGGGCAGGGCUAGAUUCCAGAGGAUGGUUCUGGGAUCAGGGGCAGAAUGACAAUCAGUUGGCUUACACCUGAGUAACACUGCACUUGUGUCCUGCCCAUAUCCAUUCUGGUUGGUCAGUGCCCAUGCUGUACUGGCUGUUAAAUAAAUAUUCUGAUUAUCACUCCUUUUGAGGGACAGCACAGCCUUGUGGGGGACCUCUGCUAGAUUCCCCAGCCAGGAAGUAGAGUAGAGCUCACCCCUAUUUGCCUGCUCUCAUUGAUUUAGCAAGAAGGAAAAGAAUGGUCUGGAAGGAUUAAUCCAUACUUCUCUCCUCUUUCUCUUGGUCAACUCAGGAGCCUUCCAGUCUCAGGGGAGGAAAGGGCCAAGAAAGGAGAGGGAUAGAAGUGGGAGAGCAGAAACUUACAGAUUCUGCUUCCUAGUGCCAGAAAACCCACCAUUGCUUUCAGCCCCAUAUUGGAAAACAGAUACACCUAAGCCAUCAUCAAUCUCUAACACAUCAGCUUUAUGGGCACUGGGCGCUGAGCCCUGGCAGGGAUGGACCAGGACAAACAGGGAAGCCAAAGGAUGCCAAUGGCCAGUGCAGCAGCCUGGCCUGGGAGGCCAGGCUGUUUACCCUGGAGAUCUGACAGGUCUGUGCUCCCACAAGAGCAGUGUUGUUUUCAGAGCCCCUGGUGUCUGGUUUUGUUCAUCUCAGACUUAUUAUUUCACUCAUCUCUAAUAAAAGAUUUUUUGAUAAA